GGCUACAUACUCUUGGAUUUAAAGAUAUGGUGACAACAAAAUGGAAAGAAUUUAAAGUUCAGGGAUGGGGUGGUUUCAUUGUUAAGGAGAAAUUGAAGAUGAUGAAGAAUUUUCUUCAGGUGUGGUCAAAGUCUUCUCUACAGGAAGUGGAUAGAAAAAUUGAGGUGGCCAGAAAGGAGAUUAACAGAAUCGAUGGAAAAGGAGAAACUUGUAGCUUGAGUGAUGAUGAUCUUAUGUCCAGGAGCAAUCAUUAUGCUAAGUUGUUAAAGAAUAUACAGCUGAAAGAAGAGAUGGCCCAACAGAAAGCGUGGAGAAAUUGGCUAAAAACAAGAGACGCAAAUACCAGUUAUUUCCACAAGUUCAUCAAGGGGAGGUGGCACAAGAAUGAAAUUAAUAUAAUAUCCAUAGAAGGCAGAGAGUUGAAGCAAGUGGAUGAGAUAAAACAGGGCAUAAUGCAGUACUUCAAGAACUUAUUUACAGAUGAAGGAUGGUUAAGACUAACUCUACAAGGGAUAAAUAUCAGAACUAUCUCGGCCGCUGAUAGAAGCAUGCUCACCCAACCUUUCACUGAAGAAGAAGUUAAAGCAGCGGUUUGGAACUGCGACAGCACCAAAGCGCCAGCUCCAGAUGGCUUUAAUUUUGGAUUCUUAAAGACAGAAUGGGAGGUGAUUAAAGAAGAUGUCAUGGAGUUUCUUAUGGAUUUUAACAAAAAUGGAAGACUGGUAAGGGGUUCUAAUGCCUCUUUUAUUGUUUUGAUACCAAAAAAAGAGAACCCCCAAGGCAUUGAGGAGUAUAGGCCCAUCUCCCUAAUAGGCUGCAUAUACAAAAUUCUUUCUAAAUUACUAGCAAAUAUAGUCAACAGGAUAUUGGAAGGAAUCAUAGGAGAAAACCAAUUUGCAUUCAUAGAGGGUAGACAAUUGGUUGAUGGAGUGGUUGUGGUGAAUGAAACAAUUGAUGGGGUGAGGAAAAAGAAGUCCCAAUGCUUUGUUUUCAAAAUCGACUUCGAAAAGGCAUAUGAUAAGCUGAGUUGGCACUUUCUGGAUUACAUGAUAGAGAAAAUGGGCUUUGAUGUAGUGUGGAGAGGGUGGAUAUCUGAAUGGGAUCCACUAUCGCCAUUUCUAUUCUUAAUAGUGGCUGAGGCCUUAAAUGGAUUAACUACAGAAGUUGUAUCAAAAGGAUUCCUGCAGGGAGUAAAAAUUGGAGAAGGGGAAUUACAAGUUAGUCACCUACAGUUUGCAGAUGAUACGAUAUUCAUGGGUGAGGCAGCUGAAAAGAACAUCUGGACAGUUAAAUGCAUCAUGAGGGCAUUUGAAUUAGUAUCUAGCCUGAAAGUAAAUUACAAGAAGAGUUCUCUAAUUGGAGUCAAUACUAAUGAAGAAUGGAUCAAUAGAAUGGCAUGGAUGCUAAAUUGUAAAAUGGAUUCCCUUCCCUACAAAUACUUGGGAAUGCCAAUGGGUGCAAAUCCAAGGAGAGUAGAUACAUGGAAACCCCUGAUUGAGACAUUUAGAAGAAAGCUCUCAGUAUGGAAAGGAAGGUUCUUAUCUCUUGGAGGAAGGAUUACCCUCAUCAACUCUGUGCUGUCAAGUCUUCCGAUGUUCUUGAUGUCGGUCUAUCUACUCCCAAAAAAGGUAAUCCAUGAAAUUGAUAAAAUUAGAAGAAAUUUCUUAUGGGGAGGUGUAGAGGAUAAUAGAAAGAUUACAUGGGUAUCUUGGGAUAGGGUAUGCUACAAUAAAAAAGAGGGAGGAUUAGGGGUAAAAAAUUUGAGAUGUUUUAACAUGUUCUUACUUGGUAAAUGGUGGGCAAGAUUGAUAGAGGGUGAGAAGGGUUUGUGGGCUAAGGUAUUAAAAGAAAAAUAUGGAGGUGAUGCAGGGAAUUGGGUAUCAUGGCUGAGGGAAGGUAAGGGCGUAGGCGCACCUUGGUGGAAGGAUAUAUGCAAGAUAAAUGUAGGCUCAGGGAAUAUGGAAGAAUGGUUAGCUCCGAACUUUAAACUAAACUUGGAUAAAAGUUGCAGUAUCCGAGAUAUGGCCUUAUGGACAAAUGGAGGUUGGUCGUGGAAUUUUCAAUGGAAAAGACCACUGCGUGCGUGGGAAGAUGACAAAAUGCAGCAAAUGCUUGAGGACAUAAAUCACAUUAAGCUGAUGCAAGAUGCUGAGGACACUUGGAGUUGGAGGAUUGACACGAAAGGAAAAUAUACUACAAGAUUAGCAUAUGAACAGCUCACAAGAAAAGAAGAUACUAGUUUGUUGGAACACAAAAAGCUAUGGGAAGCACAGGUCCCAUCAAAAGUGAGUGCAUUCUCUUGGCAAUUACUUCUUGAUAGACUUCCUACUAAGUCUACUCCUAUCACCAUCUCAUUUCUCUUUCUGUCUUUAAGCCAACCAAUUGAGUCCUCCUCCUCUUAUCAUUUUCCAUGCUCUCAGACAGCUGCCUGAAUCUCUUCUUCUACCUCUCUUCAACUUCUUCAAGCCAUGUUGUUUCCUUUUCAUCUUCUCGCUUCCCUGAUUGCCUUUUUCCUUGCAAACUUUGUAUUUGCAUCCUCAUUGCCAAAUAACGAAUGUAUAUUUUCUUCUAUGUAACUUAGUUUCUUCAGUUUUUUUUUUUUUUUUUGUACUUUUUUUAAAUGAUGAUUAUGUAUAGGUUGAAUGUUAAUUUUGAUCCUUCAAUUUCAGGAUUUUACAUAAUUUUCAUCUCUUAGUUUUUUUAUGUACUUUUUUUGGGUUUUCAACUAUAAAAAAUGUAUUUUUAA